AGAACUGAGCAUGCGCCGGCCUCUUUCUCAACUCAGGGGAGCUGCGUGGUUCCCGAGGCAUUUUCCAGCAGAGGCUUGAGAGCUUCUCCGCUCUUUCCACGGUCUCCGAUUCUUCUUCCCACCCUCGCUGUGAACUUUCGGGUGAGCCUUUCUAGCGACGGGAAGAGGCUGCAGGGAAUUCUUGCACCGUCCGAGACCCAGACGUGAGUUGGGGGUUCAGUGAUGGAGACUCGCAUGGAGACAUGCAAAACUUGCACCAGAUUCGGAGUCCUGGGAUGGAGGUGGGGGGUGGGGGGAGCAGUGGUCCCAUGUUCCCCUGCCGCCCCUAUGCAUGCACAGGCCAGGCAGGGGAGAAAGCAAAGCUUCGGAUCCUUCCCGUUGCCCUUAGACUAGAGAGAAGAAAGCCAGGGCCUCAGAAAGGAGGGAGCCAUUUAUUUACCCUCCAUUUGGAUGGGAAAACCUCUGCACGGGAGGGAGAGGAGGAGAGGUCGCCUUUGCAAAACAGAGAUUUCUGCCUCCAAGUCAGACUUUUUCCCGGGACUGUUUCCUGCUUUCCCGCCUUUCCCCCCAGUCACCAGCUGCCUCUGCCUGCAGGUAAAGAAGGAAGAUGCCUCAUUGUCACUAUGUCCCAGAAUAGGCCAGUAUUUUUGUCAAGUUUCGCCUUUGUAAAGCCUGGAUGUUGCAAUCCAUUGUUUAUUUACUUACUUAUUAAGUGGAUUUACGGAGCCCCUCAUGUCCAUUGCUAUUUGUGACCUGGGACGUUUAUGAUUUGAAUUGUGCAAAUGGUUGCUCUUAACUAUGAAGCCAUAGAAAUGAUAAAAUUAUAGUUCGCCAGAGAGAGCCAUUUGGUUCAGUGAUGGAAGCACAAGGCUUUGAAAGCAGGAGAUUAACUUUCUAGUCCAACCUUUGGCAUGAAAGCCUUGAGCCCAUCCCAACUCUCAGCCCAAUCUACUUCACAGGGCUGUUGUGGGGGAAAUAGUAAGAAGGAGCAUUAUGUAUAAUUGCUGCCUAGAGUAAUUUAUAGUAAUGCUAAUACAGAAGACAUAAAAAUAAAAAAUUAAAUUUUAAUAAAAACUAGGAAUUAGAAAUCAAAAACAUAUUUAAAUGUAUUUUUCCAAUAUUUUGAUAGACAUUAAUAUCCCUUAAAGGAAAUAAAUAAAGUUUAUUCUUUUAUAAAUAGUAAAGUGUGAGAUUAUCUGUCUGCUGUUUUCUGACUAUGUAAAGUGACCACAAAUGGUAAUUAGCGGAGAAAAUGCAUUAUGACUUGCUAAGAGGUCUUCAGGAAACAGGAACUUAAGCCUUCCGGCAAAAAGCUAUCAGGAGGCAGGAACAUCAGAGAUGGAGGGAAAUUGUCAAGAAAACCCUUUUAAAGUGUAAAACAACUUAAAGGAUGCAUUUAAGAGAAUAAGGGGGAGUUGGGAGGGCUCCUGGCGUGCAUUGUGAAGGUGUAUAAAAUGUAUAGCUUGAAAACUGCUUUUUGUGCUCUGAACUCAAUCCAUUUAGGAAGAGUCUAAGAGGCCGCGCUUGCAACCACUUUUUUUUUUAUUUUCAUGUUUUUCUCCAAUAAAUCUUUGAUUUUGUUUUUGAUUAAGCUGGAAUUUUUUUCUGGUUCUUCUGGAAUCUUAAGUAUCUUGUCUGGGAAGAGAGCUGAAUGGCCUUGGAAAAUUUGGCCAGACCUCUUGUGAACAGAAAGACCUGUGGAGAUCCAUGGGUGCAUUUUGGAGCUGUAUUGAAGAUUAGACAGAAGAUGGAGGGACAACACCCAGCAGAUGCAGAAGUUAGAAAAGGCCUUCCAACUGCUCAGCCUUGGAGCUGUGGGAAGAAUGGGGCAAGUCCUGGGCAGAAGAGCCACGAAGAGGCAUCCAACACUUCAGAGGCCCAAUGCUGUCACUUCACAAAAGUGCAGUUUCAGGAGGGGAGCCAUCCCCGAGAUGUUUGCACUCAGCUUCACUAUCUUUGCUGUCAGUGGCUGCAACCAGAAAAACACACCAAGGCUCAGAUGCUGGACCUGGUGCUCCUGGAACAAUUGCUGGCUGUCUUUCCCCCAGAGAUGGCAAGAUGGGUGCGGGAGUGUGGAGCAGAGACCAGUUCCCAGGCGGUGUCCCUGGCUGAAGGCUUCUUGCUGACUCAGGAGGAGGAAAACAUGCAGGAAGAGUUGCAGAAAUACGUGGAAACUAUGACUGAGUAUUCUAAUGAGGGGAAAGAUUCAUUCAAAGCUUCUCAAGAGCUGCUCUUCAUGGAGAAUUUACAGAAAGAUCAAAAUCAAGAUGCUAUGCAAGAGAGUAGACAGCUGUCCUUGGACUUUUUAGAAUCACCUCUUUGUGCUGGAGCUGAAGGAUUAGCUGAAUCACCACUUCAGAUAAGGAGAAGAAACAUGGGAAAGGAUGUUGUUUCUUUUGAGGAAGUGGCCAUGUAUUUCUCGGAAGAAGAGUGGUCUCAACUGGAUGCUGACCAAAAAGAGCUCUACAGAGAAGUCAUGCUGGAGAAUUCCAGGAAUCUCCUUUCUCUGGGCUUUAAUGGGCAAGAGAAUAAGAAUUGCAAGGAGGAAAGCCAAGCGAUCCAUUUGAAAGGGUGGAAAAGGAAAUUUGUAGAUCAGAUGCAACCAAAAAGGGAUGAAACAAAUCAAUCACAAAGUGGAAUUAAAAAAAGUCUUCCUCGGGUCAGCUGGCUUCUUAACCAUACAGUUAUCGAUAAGGAGGAAGUACCAUAUAAAUUCAUGGAGUGUGGAAAGAGGUUCAAUAAAUCCAAUAAUCUCAUUUCUCAUAAAAAGACACAUUCAGAAGAGAAACGGUUUACCUGCAUGGAGUGUGGAAAGACCUUCUCUUAUAAUCACUAUCUUAUAAGACAUCAAAGGAUCCACACAGGAAAACGACCUUAUAAAUGCAUGGAAUGUGAAAAGACCUUUACUUGUAGCACUCAUCUUAAUACCCACAAGCGGAUCCACACAGGAGAGAGGCCAUAUCAAUGCAUGGAGUGCGGAAAGGCAUUUACUUGUAGCACUCAUCUUAAUACCCACAAGCGGAUCCACACAGGAGAGAAGCCAUAUCAAUGCAUGGAGUGUGGAAAGACAUUUACUCGUAACACUUAUCUUAAUAUUCACAAGCGGAUCCACACAGGAGAGAAACUAUAUCAAUGCAGGGAGUGUGAUGAGACCUUCUCUUAUAAUCACUCUCUUAGAAGACAUGUAAGGAUCCACACAGGAGAAAGACCUUAUAAAUGCAUGGAGUGUGGAAAAACCUUUACUUGUAGCAGUAGUCUGAAAUCCCACAAUUUGAUCCAUACAGGAGAGAAGCCAUAUCAUUGCAUGGAGUGUGGAAAGGGUUUUAGGAAGAGUGGUAAUCUUAAUACCCACAAGAGGAUCCACACAGGAGAGAAACCGUAUCAAUGCAUGGAGUGUGGAAAGACCUUCUGUUACCAUUAUUCUUUUAAAACCCAUAAAAGGAAUCACAAAAGAGAAACACCUUAUAAAUGAAUGGAGUGUGGAAAGACCUUUACUUAUAGCAAUAGUCUUAAUUCCCACAAGAGGAUCCAAACAGGGCAGAAACCAUAUCAAUAAAAGAAGUGUGAUAGAACUCCCAAGAGAAAUCCAGGUAGUCCUCACAUAAUGACUGCAAUUGAGCCCAAAAUUUCUGUUGCUAAGUGAGAGACUUACUGUGUUUUGCCCCAUAUUACAAGUUUUCUUGCCACAUUUGUUAACUGAAUCACUGUAAUUGUUAAGUUAGUAACACUUGUGAAAUGAAUCUGGCUUCCCCAUUGAUUUUGCUUUUCAGAAGCUCACAAAAGAUGAUCACAUGAUCCAGGAAUUCUGCAGCUGUCAUGAAUCAGUUGCCAUGCAUCUGAAAUUGGGUCAGGUGACCAUCGGGAUGUUGUUCAUAAGUGCGAAAAAAGUUCAGAAAUCAUG